AUGGGUGAAGAACUCACAGUAGUGUUUGGCGUCAUGAGUGAUGAAUCAGAUGGACAAAAUGGUCCUUUUUUGUUUUCUCUACUUGAUCUAAAAGUUGAUAUUUGGGUUGUUUUAAGUUUUUUUGUUGAUUUUAUCAACAACCCCGAAGUAGGACGCAUUAGUUUACCUACUUUUGGUUUGGAAGGUGGGUCAGCAAUUUGA